UGUUAGGUUAUCACUGUGAUUGAGAGCUGUGUCAAUAUGGACAGAUGAGAAACUGUGGCUGGGGAAGUCGGCCUGACUCAGCUUGCUUCAUAGCAGCAGAUAAACGUUGCUAAACAGUCACGCUAACCCUUUGUGUGCGACAAGAAGGAAGUGUGCUUCUCAGAUGGGAGAGGUGUCGGUGUGUUGACCUGAAGUGGGUUAAACUUACAUUGCGGAAUCCGCCAUUGUAGUGUUCAUUGACGACGAUCAGGAAGUGGGUGGAAAGAGAGGGAGGGAGAGAGAGAGAGAGAUAGCGUACAGCUUGGCCAGGUUGAGGUCUAGGGGAAGGAUUGUUGUCACCAUCAGAGAGCUGAUCAAUAUGUGACAGAGUGCGCAGUGUCUCAACUCCUCUCACGGUGAACUGGUCGGCACAUACCAGCAGCAGACACCGAGCAGACACACUCACAGACAGACAGACGGACAGACAGACCCCCAUCACGGGUAUUGACAUGACCUGGAGGCCAAUGUGGCUGUAAUGUCAUUUAUCUGAUGUAGAACAGUGGGAUACCAUCAACAUGGAGCCAAGCUUCAAGCUGGAUAAGUGGACGUACAAUAUGAGCCCCACCCCACAAUUGAAGAUGAGUGGGCCUCCAGGCAGCAUCAGCGACGACUAUGCCUCCACAAAGCUGGAGACACAGCGUCAAAUCAUUGAGAAGAACAACCGGCGGAAGAGGCAGACGCCGGGGAUGAUGCAGCCUAAUGUUGACAGUCGACCAUCGUCCGGCAGGAAGAACCGAGAGGAGUCCCGUCCACUAGUUAAAGACUCCACGCCCAAAUCAACCACACCCACCAAUUUUGCAUAUGACGGCCCGGGAGGCUACGACCUGGGCAGCCCUGAUACCCUCAACUCAGGGACAUCGACCACGAUACAAGUGUUGGAUGUCACGUCCUCUGUGUCGAAGGAUUACAACAGUGACACUGACAGCGAGGAUAUCCCCACGAUAGGAACAGAAAACACCCAACCCAAAAAGAAGGGCAAGAAAAAAAACAAAAGGGCUGCAGAUAGUGAUGCUGUCACACCGAUCAGGUCACAGCGAGCUGCUCACAAGACUUCAUCAGCAGGGACGUUAUCCACAAUCAUCACAGACCAGGAGGAUGAUGAUGUGGACACUGAGAGUAUGCCCAUAGCCCCCCAGCCUCCCAGGUCUCCCAACCCUCGAGCCAUGAACCAGAAAGAUGCACCAUCCUCAUUCACAACAGAGAACUCAUCACAGUUCAAUCAGGAAGGCAACAAUGCUGAUGGACCUGCCAUGGGUGCUGUUGGUCCUCGUGUGUACACCCCCGACCCCGGUGAGGAUCUGGAUGACUUUGUUUUGCGCCCAGCGCCCCAGGGGGUAACCGUCAAGUGUCGUAUCACCAGGGACAAGAAGGGUGUGGACCGUGGUAUUUUCCCCACCUACUUCCUUCACAUGGAGAAGGAUGAUGGCAAGAAGACAUUCCUGUUAGCUGGAAGAAAACGGAAGAAGAGUGCGACCUCAAACUAUCUGAUCUCAACUGACCCCACCGACCUGUCCCGUACAGGAGAGUCCUUUAUUGGCAAACUAAGAUCUAAUCUGCUAGGGACACAGUUCACGCUGUUUGAUAAUGGUGACAACCCCAAGAAAGCUGGGGACGGCGCAAGACGGGAAAUGGUUGCUGUUGUCUAUGAAACAAAUGUGCUGGGCUUCAAGGGUCCGCGCAAGAUGACAGUCAUCAUCCCUGGCAUGAAUCUGGACCACGAGAGAGUGGACAUCAAACCUAGAGGGGAUCACGAUGGGCUGGUAGAGCGGUACAAGAGGAAACAUAUGGAGAACCUGCUGGAGCUUCACAACAAGACGCCGGUCUGGAACGAUGAGACCCAGUCCUAUGUGCUGAAUUUCCACGGACGUGUCACCCAGGCUUCGGUGAAGAAUUUCCAGAUUGUGCAUGAUAAUGAUGUUGACUACAUCGUGAUGCAGUUUGGCCGUGUGGCGGAGGACGUGUUUACCAUGGACUUCAACUAUCCCAUGUGUGCUCUCCAAGCCUUCGGCAUUGCUCUCAGUAGCUUCGACGGCAAGCUGGCGUGCGAGUGACCCUCAUCUGUGUACAUUAUAGGAUGGCUGAUGGACAAGUGGGAAUCCGAGUGAUGUAGUACUGUCUGCUGCAUAGCAACACUGCAUGGCAACGGGGUGCAAUCAUUAGGAAAAUCUAUAUCUCUAUAUAUAUGUAUAUACGUGUACGUAGACAGAGCAUGGCACGGACCCGUGCGAGCCCGACUUGCCGUGCAGGGCUUAGCUACGAGAAGGGUUAUUCACAAAGUAUCUAGCUUCGUUGUCUUUCAAGAUCUAGGUCACAAUAAGUUCAAGUGCUAAUAGGAAACUUGAAGGAUGUUCGGACUUACCACAGCAGGCAGGUGGUAGUGUGUAGUUAGGGCUGCUCUGUGCACUCGGACAUUGACUUCUACAAGUGUGUGUUCUUCAGACAGGGACUGGAUGGGUGGGCCUUUCGGCAUCGGAAUCUGGAGGCGUCAUCAACGGCUUCACCAUCAUCCCCAUGGGUAGACUUCAUCAGGACCUGGCGUCUCCUCGUCUGUACACAUAGACAUGCUUGGCCAAACACCAUAAAGUCUAUUUUAUAAACUUACAAUUUUGAGUUACUCUCUAGGUACUCGGUAAACGUAGCACCUACUCAAGUGUGCAUCAUGUUUUGCAAACUGCUUAGAGUUUAUUAGAACUUCUAUAUUCCGAUGCUAUAGCUGUGUGUGAUGUGAUUGGCUGGGGAUCCAGCCAAUGGUUGUGAAUGUUUGUUUUGUUUGUGAAGUGGUUGUCCUAGUUACGUGAUGACUUAGAGGAAAUGAAUCAAAAUAUGACGAAGUUGAAUGACAACAAGCCCACCUCUUCCCUUCCUUUGUUUGUGGAUUCUUUCUGCAUGUCUGAUGUUUUAUUUAUUUGAUAUUUUGUUGUGCUGUUAGCGACUCAGUGACUCCGCCCAUUUCACAGCAAUGGCGGCAUGGCGUACCCACACUAGCCGUCGUCCUACUGCCCCCCCAUAUUCAUGUCCACAUUCCAGCAAUGCUGUGAUCCAUCACUCGACACCCACCAUGCGUGGGACGUAGAAACUAAAUAAACCAAUCUAGAUUUCAGCUUCGUAUCAUCCAUCUUUUACAAAUACAUGUUCAAGACAUUUCUUUCAAUAGAUCUGGAGAUUAUUUUGGAAUUAGACAACUCAUUUUUUUUAUGAAUAUAUUGACAUGAGUAGAUAUCACGAUCAUCAAAAGCCCAAAAGCCCAUUUUUUUUAGCAAGUAAUCAAUCAAAUGUCAGUAUUCAGUGUGACGCACGUCAUUUCGCUGAUGUCAACCAGACAUUCGAUGAUUCUCUUGACUCAUGUGAUUUGUUGUCGCUGCAUAUGUACUGUGUUUGCACAGUGUUGAAGAAACUGCUACGGUGGGUGACAGUGAAUGAUGACUCGCGCCAUCCUAUGCUGUGUGAUUUGUGUUCACUUACCUUGACCCUGGGUGCAGUGAAGGGACUGGUCAUUUAUUAUAGGAGUAGGGGAACGGUGAGAUAAGAGGUCAUGAAAAAAUGACCUAGCUAAACAGAUGGGGCCACCAACAGUUUUCACAACUGUCUGUAUAGAGGCAUAAAUAAAUGACAAAAUUCUAUUUUUUCAAAUAAAAUAGUUAUAAAUUUGAAAAAUUUGAACAGUAUGUAGGGACUGGUCAUUCAUUAUAGGGGGAAAGGUCAUGAAAAAAUGUUAAAUUGUAUGGGGUUUCAUGAAAAAAUGGGGGUAGCAAAAUAUGAUACAGUCCUAAGACCAAUCGCUUCCCCCGACCCCUAAAACACCCCCACCCCCACCCCCAC